GCGAUACGAGCGCUACUACGGCGCAAAGCAUGGCACCUCUGCGCCCCGAAGAACAGGUCUUCGCGCACCUAUGCGUCUUUCUGUUGACCGCCUCGGCCUGGAUGGCACUGCCGGGACCCGUGCGCUGUGACAGCGGGGCUUUAAACCGGCGUGGCGGAGAGUACCGUACGUUUAACAUGGGCGGCGGAGACGGAGGCUCCCCGCCGGGCUUACUGACUGACGGUGACGAGGAAGCAGUCGGCGCGGAGAGCUCACCCCGCUUCAGGAGAGCGCUGUCCCGGGAAAAACAAAUGUCCCUGCUCAGCAGCUCAUUCGUGCUCAAAGGGGAUGCGACGCACAACCAGGCGAUGGUCCACUGGACAGGAGAGAACAGCAGCGUCAUUCUGAUCCUGACCAAGUACUACCACGCUGACUCCACCAAGGUGCUGGAGAGCUCUCUGUGGAGGUCUACUGACUAUGGUACCACCUACACCAAACUUAACCUGAUGCCAGGGACAACCAUUGUGGUGACCAGCUUCUACAUCUGCCCGACGAACAAGAAAAAGGUAGUGCUGGUGGGUUCAUCCAUAAACGAAAGGGAUCAGAUGCUGUUCAUCAGCACUGACGAGGGUUCCUCCUUCCAGCGGCAGUCCAUCUCCUUCACCCCAGACACGCUCAUCUUCCACCCCAAGGAGGAAGACAAGCUUCUGGCCUACUGCAAGGAGGGAAGGCUCUUUGCUUCCACAGACCUGGGCCGCAAGUGGACUUUGCUUCAGGAGCGGGUGACCAAGGACAGAGUCUUCUGGUCUGUUUCUGGUGUGGAUGUGGACCCUGAUCUGGUGCACAUGGAAAUGCAGGAUACGAGUGGAGGUUACCUGUAUGUUACCUGUCUCAUCCAGAACUGUUCAGACAAAAUGGUGACGGCUCAGUUCCUCGGCAAAAUCGACCACAACUCACUGCUGGUGCAGGACGACUACAUAUUUGUCAAGGUCACCACGGGGAAUCGCACCAAGCACUACGUGUCGUAUCGCCGCAACGAGUUUGUCCAGAUGAGGUUUCCCAAGUAUGCCUUGCCAAAGGAUGUUCAGAUAGUGAGUACGGAUGAGAACCAGGUCUUCCUCGCCCUCCAGGAGUGGUACCAGUCAGACACAUAUAACCUCUACCAGUCCGACCCCCAGGGUGUCUACUACUCCAUCAUCUUGGAAAACGUUCGCAGCACCAAGCAGCCAGAGGAGAAUGUCCUCAUCGAUAUCCUAGAGGUACGUGGAAUCAAAGGGGUCUUCCUGGCCAAUCAGAAGAUCGAUGGGAAAGUGACAACUCUCAUCACCUAUAACAAAGGACGAGACUGGGAACCCUUGGCUCCACCCACCACUGACAUGAAUGGCAAGCCGAUUAGCUGCAAAGCGCCGGACUGUCACCUCCACCUCCACCUGCGCUGGGCAGACAACCCCUACGUUUCUGGGACUGUCCACACCAAGGAUUCUGCUCCAGGUCUUAUAAUGGGUGCUGGUAACCUUGGCUCCAAGCUAGUAGAAUAUAAGGAGGAGAUGUACAUCACUUCAGACUGUGGAAAGACGUGGAGACAGGUUUUCGAGGAGGAGCAUCAUAUCCUGUUCCUAGACCACGGUGGGGUCAUUGUUGCCAUCAAGGACACCUCUAUUCCCCUCAAAAUACUCAAGUUUAGUAUCGAUGAAGGACAGACGUGGACUGUUCACAAUUUCACCAGCACCUCUGUGUUCGUCGAUGGACUCCUGAGCGAGCCAGGAGAUGAGACCCUGGUUAUGACUGUGUUUGGCCACAUCAGCUACAGGUCAGACUGGGAGCUGGUCAAAGUGGACUUCAGGCAGUCUUUCCCCCGUCAGUGUACUGAGUCCGACUACGACUCCUGGCUGCUCACUAAUCUGCAGGGAGAGAAGUGCAUUAUGGGCCAGGAGCGGAGUUUCAGAAAGAGGAAGGACACAGCGUUCUGUAUCAAAGGGAAGAGCUACACUUCCGCUCUCACCACCAAACCCUGUCAGUGCAGCGAGAAAGACUUUAACUGUGACUAUGGUUUUGAGCGGUCCCACACUGAGGGCGAUCGCUGCUUCUCCGACUUCUGGCAUGACCCAGACUCACCACCAGACGACUGCCAUCUAGGACAAACCUUCCAGUCCAGCACUGGGUACCGGAAGGUGAUAUCUAAUGUGUGUGAAGGGGGGCUAAACAAGCAGCAGAGCGCCAAACAGCACAACUGCCCUCUGCUGCCUCCUAAAGGACUACAAGUGGGCAUCAAAGGACAGAUGCUGGCCGUGGCGCCCGGUGAUGACAUCACAUUCAUUGUCCACCAGGAGCAGGGUGACACCAGCAGCACCAAGUACCAGGUGGACCUCGGCGAUGGGGUUCGGGCCAUUUACCAGAACCUGACAGUGACGGAUGAACCCAUCCAGCAUCGCUAUGAAAAUCCAGGCGUUUACAAAGUCACGGUGAAGGCAGAGAACAUGGCAGGGCAUGACGAGGCCACCAUGUACAUCCAGGUCACAGCACCUCUACAGGAAGUACACCUAGAAGUGGUUCCCAUUGCUGGAAGAAACCAUGAGGUCAAUCUGACGGCCAUAGUUCUUCCCACUGAGGCCAACCUGACUGUCUUCUACUGGUGGAUUGGAGACAGCCUGCAGCCUAAGCUGACUCUGCAGAACAGCUUGCUGACUCAUUUCCCAGAGGCAGGAGAAGUUUCAGUCACCGUCCAAGCCUCCAACGGCCGAUCCAUGGUGCAGGAUACCAGGACUGUCCGAGUCUACGAUAACUUCCAGGUUAUCCCUCUCAGCUUUAGCAAGAACCUAGAUCGCCUCAACCCAAACAUCCCAGAGUGGAGAGAGGACAUUGGCCAGGUGGUCACCAAAAUACUUGCUAAGAUCACAGGUGUCCCUCAGGAGUCCCUGGUUACCGUGGUGAAGCCGGGUCUCCCUACCACUGCUAACCUGUACGUCCUCCCGCUGGACAGCAAACCAGCCAAGAGGAGCGUGUUUGUAGAUAAGCGUAUUCCAGCCAUCAUGCAGGCCUUCAAUGACAACAACGUCAGCUUCGUGGUGCGAGGAGGUCUACAAGUGCUGGUGAUGCUAGCUGACCCAAACGCAGGGCUAGGUCUAAUUGCUAAUGACUCAACACCAACAGCAGCAGAGACUGGCUACCAUGGAGCUGCUGGAGGUCCUGGUGUUUGGGCUCUAGCAGUCAUUUUCCUAAUCAGCAUCAUCGCCACCGGCUCCUUCAUCCUCUACAAGUUCAAAAGUCCUUGGCUUAGGACUGAGGAUGCCUAUCCCCCGCUAUUUUUCAGGAAGCUUCCGGGCAGCCGCAAUGUCUACGCCCAGAUGCACAAUGAGAAGGAGCAGGAGAUGACCAGCCCUGUCAAUCACAGCGAGGACACCCAGCACAUUAUCCAGGGCGAGGAGUUCAUCGACGACGACCUGGACUCGCAGACUCUAGGUAACGCAGGAGGUAGCCCCGCCUUCCGUUCCCUUAUAAGGACUACCACUAACCACUGCUACUAAAACCCAAGCCACUAACACCAGCAGCUAACACACACCAAGGCAACCAUUCGGGUGUGGUCCUGAGCAUCAACUCCAGAGAGCUACACAGUUACCUGACCAGCUGAUGGCUGCCAUGGCAACGCUAAUGAGCUAGCCUAGCCUAGCCUUGCCGGCUAACGAGCACAGGGACUCCACUCUGCCUUCCUCCUUCUCUCUCCUGUCCUUUUCCUUCUCCUCCUCGUUGGACACUUCACCUCCACUCCAUGGCUUCCUCAACCCUUCAGCUCCAGCUUUGGUGUGAUUUGUUUUUUGUUUUUUGGAGGGGCUGGGCCUGAUGGAGGGAUGUCCGUUUUACCUCCAUCCUUUUUUUCCUCCCACUCAGUCUCUUUCUGCUUGGGGAUGGGAGGCGCACUGCUUUACCUAAUGUAUUUACGUCAUCGCGAGCCCCCCUCCCCUCUUCACUUCCCACACUAGCCCUGGAGACCCACACUAGCACCCGUUGAGGAUGGAGGUCUUGAUGGCGUCACACCAAGGACACUCACUCAUCUGUGUUUUGAAAAAAAAAAAAUCUGUGUACGUUCUCUGUCACUUGUAGACACUCAAUCAGCCAGCAUGACUCACUGGUUUCCAGUAAUAUUCACAGUGAGAGAGGGUUGAACCAUCCAUGACCAAGAGGCUGUAGCCACUCAAGGUAGUUAGUGGCCCUAGACUGGUGUGCUAAGAUGAUUUCCAUGCACUAAGGGUAGUGUGCAGUAAGGUAGUGAAAUCCAAUUUAAAAAAUGUUUUUUUACAGUUCUCCUCUCCCUUUUUGUUUUCUCUCUUUGUUUCCCACAAUUACAAGACACUCUCUCUUCAAAGGCAAUAAUAUUCUCUCAAUGGAAUGUACAGUAGGAUAUGAUAAACCCUUGUGAAUUUGCAUAUGAGGAGUGUACGCAUGCAGACACAAGAGGGCGGUGUUGCACUUUCUUAAAUUCCCACACACAGGUACUGGCAAAGUUCAGCUUCUUCAGAAUACAGUAUGUUCACACAGCGUUGUUCAAUGUUCUGAAAUCCCACUACAUUCAUAUCUGUGUAUUCUCACACCGCCUCUGUAGGAGCUCAUCGUCUGUCCCAUGGUGCCUAAAACAGCGGAUGUUAAUCUGCUCAGUGACAUUAUCUGUUGAGUUUAUUUAUUACUAAUAACGUUACGCCCCUUCCUCCUCCUCCCCACACUUUCUGGGUCAGAAGUCAAAAGCGGACUCGUUCCCCUGGAGACAGGUCGUUGUAAUGGAGGGAAGGUGUAGUUGAUAUAUUUUACUGUAUCAGCCUAUAUUAGGCGUAGCCCACGGUGGAAUCAUGUCUCCUUAAAGGUUCGGUUUGUUGUAUGUAAAUGUGUAAAUAUGAAUCUCCACUUUGUACAUAAUCCCUUUGACAUGUGUGUGAGUGUUUUACACUACUACCAAAAUACUCAUUUUACGCAUUUUUUUUUCUCUUUUUUUGCAGUGACCUUUCACUGAGUUUCCUGAAUUUGACAAAUUUCACUGUUUCCAGUUUCCUCAGCACCAUUGCCUGCUUCACAUGUAUCCAUUUUCAAUAUUUGCAGUGUAAUCUCAUGAGUAAAAUAAUUUUAUGGUCUUCUUUGUUAACUGGAAAUAAUUUCAUCGUCUUAUAAAGAUACUCACAAUUACACAGUGAUGACUGUAUAUGGAUAUUUUUGAUACACUUGUCAGUUUUUGUCAUUUUUCUCAGUACUUGUAAACACUGGUUAGUGUUUCUGUUGCCUUUUGCUGAAGUCUUUUUGUUUGUUUGAUUGCACUAAUGGUGUGAGCAGUUCUGUCGAAAAGUACCGGACUGCUACCGAACAAGACUAAAGACUCAGAAUCAAAAGGUCUUUGGAUGAAAGGCCUUUGCAGACUACCAAUGCUACCAUUGUCACCAGAAACACCCCUUGGUUCAUCUUGUAUUUGAUACAAAAAUACAGCGGAUCACGUUCACUCGUUCUGAUUUAUACCUUACGUAUGUUUUGUACAUAUUCUGCUCAUGUUCAGCUUGUUCUUAGUUUUCUAGUGAUGUGUCGUCAUUGUAUCAAUGUCCCCUUUGACAAAGGGGAAGGUGGGAAUUAUGAUAUUCCAAUAUAAUAGUGAAAGACUUUCACAGGUGAUGGCACCAUGUAACUUUGAGCACACUGUUUUUGUUUUAUUCUUUUUCUCUUUCUGCUGGUUUGUUUGAUCUGUUGAUUUUGCUAUUAAAAACAAAUGUGUGUCCUCAUCAGGAAGCGUAGUGCACUCAAACUGCAUCCUGGAAUAAAUCACUCCCAUAACUUGUA